AUGGCACCAAGCACCGUUUUGAACGGCUCCAGCGAACCGACGUCGCCAAACGGCCAUGCGAAUGGGUUUAGCCACGCGAACAAGGUCAAAGCUGGCCUGGAACCAGUAGCAGCACCAACUGCCCCAGGACUGGACAUCCUCAGUCAGCUAUAUUGCGAGAACAUCACGGCCAAGAUUCUGCGAGUGGCUGAAAGCUGCCUGGAAAAUAAUGACCUUCCGACCUUCUACCCCGAACUCGUCCCCCAAUCCGGCGAGAACAAAGGCCAGUACAGCCGUCGGCCAAUGCAGUUCUGGACAUGCGGCUUUUUCCCCGGCAGUAUCUAUCUCCUCCUCGAGCGAGCCAUGAAAUACCCCGAGACCAUGCGGCCCCGUCACUCGCAGCUUCGCACCGCCCAACUCCGCGAGACCCUGCGCGCCAUCGGCCACAAGUGGUCCGAGCCUCUGCAUAGCACGGCGUACCGGACAGACACCCACGAUCUGGGCUUCAUGAUCAUGCCGCAUAUGCGAGCACGGUGGGAGCUUCUCCACGACGACGCGGCGCUGAGCACCAUCUGUACCGCGGCGGCGAGCCUAUACUCGCGCUUCAACGCCCGAGUCGGUGCAAUCCGCUCGUGGGAUCACCUCACCUUCCAGCGGAAUGUCGAUAUUCGAGACACCGAGGCCAACUUCCUCGUCAUCAUCGACUCGCUCUGUAACCUAGAGCUCCUUUUCUAUGCGGCAGCUCACACGGGCUAUGAAUUCCUCGCCAAUGCGGCGAUGGUCCAUGCAAAGACCUUGCUAAAGACUCACCUUCGCCGCGAGACUCCGGCCGAUUGGACGUCGGGCAUUCACGGCUAUGAUGGGCCACUCUAUAGCACCUGCCACGUCGUCAACUUCUCGCCGGAAACCGGCGAGGUCAAGGAGACUCGGACUGCGCAGGGGUACACCCCCGAGUCGACCUGGUCGCGCGGCCAGGCGUGGGCGAUUCUCGGAUACGCACAGGCUUACUCGUGGACAAAGGACGAGACGUUUCUGUCUGCCGCCUGUGGUCUCGCAGAGUACUUUAUCUAUCGACUAGAAAAUGCACCAGACUGUGUAGACGAGCUUGCAGAGCCCGAAUCGGACCCAGACCGAGACCCAGACUUGACGGGCAAUUCGACCGAGCCAAAACGAACAGGGCGAUACGUCCCGCUCUGGGACUUUGACGCACCCAUCCAAGACCCCCAGGCACCAAUCCGCGACGUGUCCGCCGGCCUGAUUGCGGCAAACGGGCUGCUCGUCCUCUCGCAGGCGCUGACCUGGCGCGGCCGACACGCGCAAGCGAGGUGGUACGCGGAUAGCGCGAUUCGGAUUGUCGGCGACACUCUUACUCUCGCGACGGCCCGCGACCAGGCAUGUCUCAUACCGGAUCCAGUUGGUGGUAUCGAGGGGGUGGCGGUGUGUGAGAGUGGAAGUGGGAGUGAGGCACUGGCAGACUGCAAGCCCUUUGCAAGCAUUCUGACAAGCUCGACGGUGAGCUGGAACGAGCAGAACAUCAACGCCAGUGCGAAUCACGGGCUUGUGUAUGCGGACUACUACCUGCUUGAGUUUGGGAAUCGGUUACUGGGGUUGGGAUUUAGAUCGUGA